ACUCCUGUAUCCCUGUUGUCUGCAGUGUAACCUCUCUAGUGGAAGGUAGCAGGCAGCCCUGAGAGGGCAGAGCACACAUACAACACUUGUAUGAGUCCUGUCACAUCAUUAUAAACCACUGAAGUGAUCGAGCUAGAUACAGCAGCUUGAAGAAACGUGCAGUAAGACUUCAGAUAAAAGAGCACUUUCAAGCCGGGAAAGGACGCCAGUGGGGAUUUAUGUUUGCUUUACAGCAUUGUCUCUGCCUGCGCAACACAGUCUGAAAGGCUACAGGAAGUAAUACAGAAACCUUAUUACUCCAGCUUUGACAGAACAUCAAGCAGCAAUAGUUCACAGUGCUUUGUACUUGGCAAUUUCACCACAGAAUUCCAGAGGAUAAAAACAGCACAACUGAAAAAAUUCUUCUGACAAAUUUAAAAAGAUAUCUUUUGGUUGCACUUAAUAUACAAAGGACUUUCUAGACUGAGAAGAGACACAGAAAAUGUUGAUUUCAUCUCUGUUUUUCUUCAGCUGCAGUCUUUCCUUGGGAACUGGGUUUCACAAGACUAUGGAUAACACUGGAAAAAGACAUUAUCAAAUUCAGCAUGGACCUUGCAGCUACACCUUCUUGCUUCCUGAGGUGGACAACUGUCGCUCAAUGGCAAAUCAUGUUGUGGCUAACACAGUGCAAAGAGAUUCUCCUGAAACAGAUAAUGGUGGCUCUGUGCAAAGGCUUCAGCUACUUGAAAAUAUUAUGGAAAACAAUACGCAGUGGCUGCAGAAGCUUGAAAGCUACAUUCAAGACAACAUGAAGAUUGAAAUGGUGCAAAUACAGCAGAAUGCAGUGCAAAACCAGACUGCAGCCAUGUUAGAAAUAGGAACAAACUUACUCACUCAACAAAGUCGCAAAAUAACAGAUGUCAAAGCUCAGGUUCUAAAUCAAACAUCUCGACUCGAGCUCCAACUUUUGGAAAAUUCCCUCUCCACUAAUAAAUUGGAAAAACAAAUUAUGGUCCAAACUGAUGAAAUAACAAAACUGCACAAAAGGAAUGGUUUACUGGAACAAAAAAUCUUGGAAAUAGAAGAUAAACAUGCAGCAGAACUCGAAUCAUUAAAGGAAGACAAAGAACAGCUGCAGGAUUUAGUGACAAGACAGAACGCCACCAUAGAGCAACUGGAAAAGCGACUGAAUAUUGCAACAACAAAUAACACAAUCCUUCAGAAACAACAACUUGACUUGAUGGAGACAGUUACCAAACUGAUCAGUAUGGUUUCCCCAUCUAGUUCCAAACCUUCGAUUUUACCUCCAGGGCGACAAAUCCAUUUUAAAGAUUGUGCUGACGCAUACAAACUUGGAUAUAGAACGACCAAGAUCUACACAAUUUAUGUACCCAACACCACUCAACCAAUAAAGGCAUUUUGUGAAAUGAAAAUCCAUGGAGGAGGAUGGACUGUGAUACAACGACGCCAAGAUGGCAAGACAGACUUCCAGCGCACAUGGAGAGAAUAUAAAAUGGGAUUUGGUGACCCUGCCGGAGAACACUGGUUGGGAAAUGAAUUUGUCUACCAAUUAACCAAUCAGAAGAACUACGUCCUUCGAAUCCAGAUGAGGGAUUGGGAAGCUAAUGAGGCCUUCUCACUGUACAACCAGUUCUACUUGGACGAUGAAUCACAAAAAUAUAGAAUCCAUCUGAAAGACUAUAGUGGAACAGCAGGCAAGAUAAGCAGUCUCAGCCAAAUGGGAAAUUCUUUCAGCACGAAGGAUUCAGACAAUGACAAAUGUCUUUGCAAAUGUUCACAAAUGGCAUCUGGAGGAUGGUGGUUUGAUGCUUGCGGUCCAUCCAACCUGAACGGAUUAUACUACUCAGCAGGGCAGAAUACAAACAGGUUCAAUGGAAUCAAAUGGUACUACUGGAAAGGAUCAGGGUAUUCCCUAAAGGCUACGACUAUGAUGAUCAGACCUGCUAACUUCUAAUUAUGAAUUUCUAUGGAGAUUGUUUAUUGUCAGACCAAUUAAGUACAAAGACUGUUCUUUAAAGUUCCGUAAAGCCACAAUUACAAGCAUGUUUAAAAUGUUGAUUAAUAUGUGCACAAUGCAUUAAUGUUUUAACUUACUAUUUGGAAGUGAAGUCCAGAACUAAUGAACAGAUGUGAACAAACUGCUUGUAAAUUGCAUUCCAUCUAGUUUUGUAGCUAAUUCUGUUUUAAGAGGCAGCUUCUUGAAUUCAAUUCAACACUGGGAAUAAUAAAAAGUCCAAUGUAGCUGAAUCCUUGGAAGAGAAGGUUUCUUUUUGUUCCUCAAAGUUUCUUGAAGAUGUGUUCUAUGUCACAGCUGGUUUAUUAAUAAGUACUAAAUACAAAGCAGUCCCCCUUGAAACUGAUUUCAAGGCAAUUUGUUCUUCUACAAACUAAUCUGAAAGUCAAAGUAACUGGAACUAUAAAAACCAUAAAUAUUAUUAAAAAGAAAAUUUGAUUUUAAAACUUCAUUUAUUUCAAAAUAGCAUUAAUAAGCCUUUUCUGGUCUUGGAACAAGUUUUCCUUGCAGAUCAUAUGGUAUAUUAAAGGACAUCAGAAUUUACUUAAACAUACCAUGUAGAAUGCCAUUGUAAUAUUCUACACAACUUAUGUCAUAAUUAGAAAUAGUGUGAAUAUCAGAUUACCCAUUUUGGUGAACACAGUUUUUGCUCAUAAGAUUUAAAUUUAUUGUUACAAUUUAAUCUCAAAGAAAAAAAAAGUCUUGUGUUUUUGGAUUAAUCAGUUAAAAAGACAGUGUAAUGCUUCUAAAACGGUAUUUGUACCUUAUAAUUAAUUGGAGGAGGCUUCAUAGGUUAAAGAAAUAGUCUUAUUACUAAGCUACAAGAGAUACAAUCAAUGGUCACCUGUGUAUAACUGCUCAUUAGUGCAAA